AUGGAGAGAAGGAUUGGCUGUGAGAUGGUGGUGGCUUUGAUGACCCUUUUGCUUUUUUCAUUGACUAGUGUCACUGCAACAAAACUUCACAACCAUGAGGACCAAUUCAGGAGGAAUCUACUUGCUAAUGGCCUUGGUAGAACUCCUCCUAUGGGGUGGAACAGUUGGAAUCAUUUUAACUGUCAAAUUAAUGAAAAAAUCAUCCGAGAAACUGCGGAUGCCCUCGUUUCUACUGGUCUUUCCAAGCUUGGAUACACCUAUGUCAACAUAGAUGAUUGUUGGGCUGAAUUAAAUCGAGAUGAUAAGGGCAAUCUGGUAGCAAAAAAAUCAACAUUUCCUUCUGGCAUCAAAGCUCUUGCAGAUUAUGUUCACAGCAAGGGUCUUAAGCUUGGAAUUUAUUCAGAUGCAGGGUAUUUUACUUGUAGCAAAAAGAUGCCUGGUUCCUUAGGUCAUGAGUUUCAAGAUGCCAAGACUUUUGCAUCAUGGGGUAUUGAUUAUUUGAAGUAUGAUAACUGUAACAAUGGUGGAUCAAACCCAACUGUUAGAUACCCUAUUAUGACUCGGGCUUUAAUGAUGGCUGGUCGUCCAAUCUUCUUCUCACUAUGUGAAUGGGGAGACAUGCAUCCAGCUUUAUGGGGUGCUAAAGUGGGAAAUAGCUGGAGAACUACUAAUGACAUCAGUGAUUCAUGGGAAAGUAUGAUUUCAAAGGCAGACAUGAAUGAGUUUUAUGCUGAGUAUGCAAGACCUGGUGGUUGGAAUGAUCCUGACAUGCUUGAGGUAGGAAAUGGAGGGAUGACAAAAGAUGAAUAUAUUGUUCACUUCAGUUUAUGGGCAAUUUCCAAGGCUCCUCUUCUUCUAGGAUGUGAUGUUCGAAAUAUGACCAAAGAGACUAUGGAGAUUGUGGCAAAUAAGGAAGUUAUUGCAGUUAACCAAGAUUCACUAGGUGUACAAGGUAAAAAAGUUAGGAUGGAAGGUGACCUUGAGAUUUGGGCAGGUCCUCUUUCAGGGUACAGGGUAGCUGUUGUCUUGCUUAAUCGUGGCCCUUGGAGAAUUGCUAUUACAGCCAAUUGGAAGGAUAUUGGUAUUCCACCUAAAAGUGUUAUUGAAGCAAGAGACCUUUGGGAGCACAAGACAUUGAUGAGACCGUUUGUGAACAAAUUGACUGCCACAGUAGAUCCACAUGCUUGUAAAAUGUAUGUGCUGAAGCCAAAAGCUUGAGUUCUGAAACACAUUUGAGUGUAGCUUAUGGAGCCACUGUUUUUAAGUGUUAAUUUGUAUAUCAGCUUCACUUCAAUAAACAUUCUUCAUUUGCUUCUAUUGGUAGAAGUUGGCUA